AUGGUUCCGGAGAUCGGUGAGGGAUACUUGUCUAUGGACACAGCACAGGAUAUUUGGGAGGCUGUGGCCACUAUGUAUUCCCGCAAAGGUAAUUUCUCACAGACUUUUGAGUUACGACGCUCUAUUGACCGGUUCGUUCAGGGUGAGAUGACUAUUCUCCAGUAUUUUACUUUCCUUAGCAAUGGGUGGAAGCGACUUGAUCAUCUUCAGGACUACAAGCCUGUCUGUCCCACAGAUUCUGCUGGUUACCGGAAAUUUGUUGAACAAGUGCGGGUCUUCAAGUUUUUGGAAGGUUUGAAUGUGGAGUUUGAUCCUGUUCGGAGUCGUGUGCUUGGUAUGGAUACUCUUCCUUCUCUCCAAGAAGCGUUUGCUUAUGUGCAGAAUGAGGAGAGUCAUGGGGAUCAUGGUUCUCGCCCUCCUUCUGAGAAGGAUACUCUCUUCUGUGAUUUUUGUCGUCGCCCUCACCACACCUGUGAGACUUGUUGGAAGUUGCAUGGGCAACCAUCUGGAGGUCGUGGAGACCGUUCUAGUUCUCGAGGGGGUCGCUCCGGACAGGCUCGAGGCCGUGGGCCUAAUGCCCGAGCCCAUCAUUCUGAUACAGUUGAGCCACAGUCCACAGCUCCAGUUGAUUCAUUUGCUGAUAUCUCGGGGUUUUCUACUUCUGAGUUGGAGGUUGCUCUUCGCCACUUGCUAGACCGUCGGGCCUCUAGUUCAUCUUCAGGUAAUAUUGCCCAGUCAGGUAACUUAGCUUCUUCUACCAGUGCUUUCCUCUCUCAUCAAAUGUUACCUUGGAUUAUCGAUUCUGGUGCUUCUGACCACAUGUCUGGUUCUUCUGAUUUGUUCUCCGCGUAUACCCCUUCUUCAGGGCAGGAUAAAGUUCGAAUUGCUGAUGGUACCAUUUCUUCUGUGUCUGGGAAAGGACCUUAUCACGAGGAAGAUGAUUGGCAGUGGUAGACACGAGAAUGGUCUCUAUCUCUUGGAUCAAGCAGACAAGCUGGCUCACUCAUCCAUUCAGUUUCCAUCUACCAAGGAAGACAUCUGGCUGUGGCACCGCCGUCUUGGGCAUCCAUCUUUUUUGUUACUUAAGUAUCUUUUUCCCUCUGUUUUUUUGAAAAAUAAUGUUUUUGAAUUUCAUUGUGAGUCGUGUCAACUUGGCAAACAACACAGAGCUUCUUUUUCUCCUUCUAUUAAUAAAAGUUUAGUUCCUUUUUCUUUGAUUCAUUCUGAUGUAUGGGGUCCCUCUCGUUUUGUGUCUUUAAAGGGUCAAAGAUGGUUUGUCACCUUUAUUGAUGAUUGUUCUAGAACCACCUGGGUGUAUUUUAUGAAGGACAAAUGUGAGGUGUUUUCUGUGUUUCAAAAUUUUCAUAAAAUGCUUUGCACUCAAUUUGGGGCAGUUGUCAAAAUUCUGCGUUCUGAUAAUGGGGGGGAAUACAUUGAUUCUGGACUUGCCAGCUAUUUUGCCACUCAUGGUAUUAUUCAUCAAACUUCUUGUACCAAUACCCCUCAACAGAAUGGUGUUGCCGAGCGUAAAAACCGGCAUCUUCUCGAUAUUGCACGUUGUUUAUCCUUUGAAAUGCGCGUUCCUCGAUCC